GGCAUCGGUCAGUUGGUGUCGCACGCUCUUGAGGAGCGCUUUAUUUGUUCCGCUCGGCGAUUAACUAUCUUUGCUUUUCUAGCCGGUCUGUGUGCUAACUGGGAUAGCAUCGAGUUUAUUGUGACACUUUCCCCAAAUCGGCGUUUGUUAUCGAAGCGUAUAUACAUAGCUGAGGACGGUGUUUAACCAGUGUUUUUUGGGUGUUCAUGAAAGAGAGUGCGCGAAAAGACAUAGGACGAAAUGGCCACGCGUUUUAUGGAUAUACUCAAGCUGACCUUUAAGGUUCUCAGUUUCAAGUACGAACAGCGCAAGUUGACCACAACAUUAUAUUCUGUUAUAAAGACGAAAUUGGGACCAGUGCGAGGAGUGAAAAGGAACACCAUCUGGGGAGGAAGCUACUACAGUUUCGAGAAGAUACCUUUCGCCAAGCCUCCAGUGGGAGAGCUUCGUUUCAAGGCCCCAGAACCAGUGGAACCAUGGGACCGUGAGUUGGACUGCACUUCGGCGGCAGACAAGCCCCUGCAGACUCAUAUGUUUUUCCGGAAGUAUGCGGGUUCAGAGGACUGCCUCUACCUGAAUGUGUAUGUCAAAGAUUUACAACCCAAUAAGCUGCGUCCCGUCAUGGUUUGGAUCUAUGGUGGAGGAUAUCAAGUUGGAGAAGCCUCUCGGGAUAUGUACAGUCCGGACUUUUUUAUGUCGAAGGAUGUGGUCAUAGUCACCGUGGCUUAUCGACUAGGUGCCUUGGGUUUCCUCAGCUUGGAUGACCCUCAGAUAAAUGUGCCCGGAAAUGCUGGACUCAAGGAUCAAAUCAUGGGCCUGCGAUGGGUGCAGCAAAAUAUCGAAGCUUUCGGUGGAGAUCCCAAAAAUAUUACACUCUUUGGCGAGAGUGCCGGAGGCGCCUCUACCCACUUCCUUACACUUAGUCCGCAAACAGAGGGACUCAUCCACAAAGCCAUUGUGAUGUCCGGCAGUGUUCUGUGCCCGUGGACACAACCCCCAAAGAAUGAUUGGGCCUAUCGUCUGGCUCAGAAACUGGGUUACACUGGUGACAAUAAGGAUAAAGCCAUCUAUGAGUUUCUGAGUUCAGUGAGUGGCGGGGAAAUUGUCAAGGCCUCCGCCACAGUGCUCAGCAAUGACGAAAAGCAUCAUCGGAUUCUGUUUGCCUUUGGACCUGUCGUCGAACCUUAUACCACCGACCACACUGUGAUUGAUAAAUCACCUCAUGAAUUGAUGCAGACCACCUGGAGCCACCGGGUGCCCAUGAUGUUCGGAGGCACCAGCUUUGAGGGAUUGCUUUUCUAUCCUGAGGUCUCAAGACGUCCAGCUACCCUAGACGAGGUUGGAAACUGCAAGAAUCUGCUGCCAAACGAUCUGAGUUCGAAUCUGGAUCCCAAGCUCCGUGAAAACUAUGGACUGCAGUUGAAGAAAGCUUAUUUCGGGGAAGAGACCUGCAACCAGGCCAACAUGAUGAAGUUCCUCGAACUGUGUUCUUACCGCGAAUUUUGGCACCCUAUCUAUAGGGCAGCUCUGACUAGAGUCCGGCAAUCCAGUGCUCCCACCUACCUAUAUCGCUUCGAUCAUGAUUCCAAAUUGUGCAAUGCCAUUAGGAUUGUCCUCUGUGGUCAUCAGAUGCGAGGUGUUUGUCAUGGCGAUGAUCUGUGCUAUAUAUUCCACAGUAUGUUGUCCCAUCAGGCCGCUCCAGAUUCCCCUGAGCACAAAGUUAUUACUGGAAUGAUCGAUGUUUGGACGAGUUUCGCUACCAAUAGUGAUCCCAAUUGCGAAAGUAUUAAGUCGUUAAAGUUCGCACCCCUCGAAAAUGAAACGGAUUUCAAAUGCCUCAAUAUUGGAGAUCAGUUUGAAGUUAAGAAACUCCCAGAAUUGCAGAAAAUCGAAGAUGUGUGGAAUAGUUUCUACGCACCGAAUAAGCUGUAGAUGCAGUGCAUCGUCGAAAGGUUUUAUAGCUUUAGGUUUCUCAAUUCCAUGGACUUGGAUGAUCUUAAUUUGUGUAAAUACGUUGUACAUAUGUUAUGGUUAUUUUAAGUUUGAGAUGUUAUUUGUUUAAUUUGAAUUCAAGCUUACAGGGUCUAUUCUCGUAUAUGUUUAAAUAAAUAAAAUGAUAUUUACAUUUUUAUACAUUUAAAAUAUGUGUUAAUAACUUUAAUAUAUUAAAGUUAAUAUUAGCUUAAGGUAACGAGGUUCAAGAAGAAAAUAAAGUUUUUUAGAUAGAUAAGGAUCAAAGGAUAA